AUGCAAGGAGAAAAGUAUGGAGGUGGUGAAGGACAGAAACUGAACUUUGGAGAUGCAAGAAGGCUUGAAGACACAACGUUGGGCGAAGAACGAAUAAUGGCUACAGUAGGAGAUGCGUUAUUAGAAGAGUCAAAAAAUUCAGCAGUUUUUGGAACGCAAGCAAAUGCCAUAGUGAAAUUUGCAAGCGGCAAGUGCGGUACGUUCAAUGAGAUGAUCGGAUGUGAUAAAUAG